AUGACUAGUCAUUUCGAUAAAUUGCCUAAAGUUCGAGAUGUUGAACGUGAGUCACAGUACGGUUAUGUUUAUGCUGUAUCGGGUCCGGUCGUUACAGCAAAUAAAAUGGCUGGUUCAUCUAUCAAUGAACUCGUUCGAGUCGGUCACGAAGAACUGGUUGGCGAAAUCAUCCGUCUAGAAGGAGAUUUAGCAACAAUUCAAGUGUAUGAGGAAACGUCUGGUGUCACUGUUGGUGAUCCGGUAUUACGUACCGGAAAACCUCUAUGUGUAGAAUUAGCACCUGGUAUUAUGAGCAGUAUUUUUGAUGGUAUUCAGCGGCCGUUAGAAGUUAUUUAUGACACAACAAAGAGCAUCUAUAUUCCAAGAGGUGUUAAUGUGCCAGCACUCCGUCGUACAUUGAACUGGACCUUUAUUCCAGAGCCUCGCCUAAAAGUCGGUGGUCACGUAACAGGAGGAGAUAUAUUUGGGAUGGUACCCGAAAAUACAUUAAUUAAACAUAAGAUUAUGUUACAUCCAAAAGCAAAAGGAACAAUUCGAUUUUUGGCAGAAACUGGCAAUUACACACUUGAUGAUGUUAUAAUGGAGACCGAAUUUGAUGGUGAAAUUACGAAACAUAAAAUGUUACAAGUGUGGCCUGUAAGACAAUUGAGACCAGUAGCAGAGAAACUGGCGGCAAAUUUUCCACUAUUAACUGGUCAACGUGUAUUGGAUUCAUUAUUCCCAUGUGUACAAGGUGGAACGACCGCCAUUCCUGGAGCGUUUGGAUGUGGAAAAACUGUCAUAUCACAAUCAUUAUCAAAGUUUUCAAAUAGUGACGCUAUUGUUUAUGUUGGAUGCGGUGAACGUGGCAAUGAAAUGUCUGAAUUAACAAUGGAAGUUGAAGGCAAAGAAGUGUCUAUAAUGAAACGUACAACACUUGUAGCAAAUACAUCGAAUAUGCCUGUUGCUGCACGCGAAGCAUCAAUCUAUACUGGUAUAACUUUGGCAGAAUAUUUUCGCGAUAUGGGCUAUAAUGUUGCAAUGAUGGCCGAUUCUACAUCACGUUGGGCCGAAGCUCUAAGAGAAAUAUCGGGACGUUUAGCAGAAAUGCCAGCUGAUUCUGGAUAUCCAGCAUAUUUAGGUACACGUUUAGCGUCAUUUUACGAACGUGCUGGACGUGUUCGAUGUUUGGGAAAUCCAGGUCGUGAGGGUUCAGUUAGUAUUGUUGGAGCUGUUUCUCCUCCUGGAGGUGAUUUUGCUGAUCCCGUCACGUCUGCUACACUGAGUAUCGUCCAAGUAUUUUGGGGUUUGGAUAAAAAAUUAGCGCAACGAAAACAUUUUCCAUCUGUUAAUUGGCUUAUUAGUUAUAGUAAAUAUACACGAGCAUUAGAUGAUUAUUAUGAUAAACAUUUUCCGGAAUUUGUCCCAUUACGUGCUAAGUGUAAAGAAAUUUUACAAGAAGAAGAAGAUUUAAGCGAUAUCGUGCAACUUGUUGGAAAAGCAUCAUUAGCGGAAACGGACAAAAUAACAUUAGAAGUAGCACGAAUGAUUAAAGACGAUUUUCUACAACAAAAUGGUUAUUCUUCUUAUGACAAAUUUUGUCCAUUUUAUAAAUGUGUAGCCAUGUUACGUAAUAUGAUUGCAUUUUACGAUAUGGCGCGACAUGCUGUUGAAACAACAGCACAAUCGGAAAAAAAGAUAACAUGGGCAGAUAUUCGUAAUCAUAUGAACGAUAUUAUUUAUCAAUUGAGUAGUAUGAAAUUUAAGGCAUGUGAUCCAACAAAAGAUAGUGAAGAAACGAUUAAACGUGAUUUAGAAGAUCUGCAUGAUAAAAUGUCAAAUUCGUUUCGUGAAUUAGAAGAAGCUUAA